AUGUUUACUGAAAGCGGCCCAUCUUACACCGUUAUUCUCUACCUCAAACGGCACUUGACCAGGUCGACUGAAAUAAUGGAGUACGAAAAUUUCUCUCGUAAGGAGCUGGGAGAGAUUUUAUCAGACUUUCUCCAAUCUAUUGACUUCUACAUGCCGCCUUUCAGCUAUGAUUUCUCGCUCGAGGAGCCUAUUAUGAGUUAUUUCGACAGCCAACCGUGGCCGCCAGCAAUUCGAAAAAAGGCAGUCGGAAUGGCAAAAUGGAUGUCAACUGGUAUCGGCAUGUGCUAUCCCUUCACUGAUAGGGAUUCCCAAAUUAAAUAUGCAAUCCAUGGCAUAUAUGUUCUCUUCAUAGAAGGCGUUCUUGAAGAGCUUGGAUCUGCAUUAGACAACUUUGCUAUGAAUCUGCUAUUGGGAAAAUGCCAGGAAUCUCCUGUGCUUCAGUCCUUUGCAGACUUUCUUGCAUCAGGACAAACUUACUUGGGUUGCCUUGGAAAUACGGUGAAUAUUAAAAGCGCCAUCGAGUUCAUCAACGGCUGUAUACUGGAGAGGGAUUUAGAUGGGAAAAUCACGCCGCCUACAGGCGCUGUAAACUUUCCCAAGUAUCUCCGGGAUAAAACAGGCUUCUCAGAACCAUACGCCCAUUUUUGCUUUCCCCAAAAAAUAUAUCCGGAGUCCAAAUAUCUGCAGACCUACCUUCCUGUCGUGCCAGAUAUUACCGAGUAUACAUGCUAUACAAAUGAUAUACUCUCUUUUUAUAAGGAGUCUAUUGUGGGACAUGAGCGCUUGAAUUACAUAUCAAACUAUGCUAAUACACAGGGAGUGGGUUUGGCUGACGCUUUACGUGAGGUAUGUGCGAAUGUAACUCGCAAUGUGCACAACGUUCGGUCUGUACUCGCCAAUCAUCCGGAGAUGCUUAAGAAUGUGGAGGAAUAUUUUCGUGGCUAUGCAGCCUGGUAUCUUAACCAAAAACGCUACAGACUUGAUGAUAUUCAAAUAAGAGGAGCAGACGAUCAGAGGUACGAGUUGACUCCUACGCAGCCCGACGGCUUGAGCAGGGAAUAG